UAGGAGUGUUUGAAUUUCAUGGCUCUCACUAUUGAGCUGAAGUAGCUGUGGACUCAAAUCCCCAAGCACGUCACAAAACGUCGCUUGUGAGAACAUGCGUCACCUCGUUGACCUUGUCUCAGAUAGCGGUGCUUACAUGGAUGCUGCCUUGGCACCGACCUCUUUUACUACACUCAAAUUAUCGCUCUCGCUUCGGUCUCUUCAGUAUGUGGCCGAUUUCCCUAUGGUACGUACGCAUUCCCGUCGUUGGGCCAUCAUCGAUCGCAGUUGCGAGCUCGCAAGGUCAAUCGACGACGAUGACUAGCCGGACUCCGGCCGUCCAUACCUCUGACCUUUGUACAAUACAUCGCAGCUCGGAUACCAUGAAUUGAGUGGUAAUUUACGCAGGGAAGAGUCUGGUAUUUAGCAUCGUGAAACGUAUAUUGUAAUUUACAAUGAAAAAAAUAUCACGAAAAC